GUAUGCAAACCCACUCAAGAUCCUACUCUUUUGAAAUCCAAUUGAGUUGUUGUUGGUAAUGGUAAAACCGUUUAUUAGCUCAAUUGACAAGAAGUAACAACCGUCAAUUUUUCAUGCACUACCAAGUUGCAAAUGAUGAGUUUGUUUCGUCACCUUCUCUAAGCCCGCCACGUCCCCAUGACCCCAUCGGCGUGUCGCCAUCUCCCCCAUCUUCCCUUCUCAAUGCGUCUUCAGUUCUCCGCUGCUGCGAGAUCUGAGAUUGACGCCGCCCAUAGAUCGGCGGACGGCAGAGAUGAAAGCAGAGAGCUUGCUGGUGUCGACGGCGAUCAACGUAGGUUUGGCCCUCUUCGUCAUCUCCCUCUUCUCCCUACUCAAGACCCGCACUUUCUACGCCCCCAUUUAUUACCCUCGCCGCCUCUCCCUCCAGCCGCCGCCGCCUCCCCAUUCUGCUGCUCCCCUUGCCGGAUGCCCCCCGUCUGGACUGAGCUGGAUUCGCCGCGCCGUCUCUGUUUCCGAUGACCGGAUUCUUGAAACCCACGGCCUUGACGUCCUCGUCUUCGUUAGGUUUUUUAAAUUCGGGAUUAAAUUCUUUGUGGGAUGUUCUUUAGUUGGUGUGUUAGUUCUUCUCCCCUUGAAUUAUUUUGGGAGUAGUGAGGAAUCUAAGAGCUAUCAUUCCACCGAUUCGUUUACAAUAUCAAAUAUAAGUAGUGGCUCUAACUGGCUUUGGGUGCAUUUUUCAGUCCUUUGUUUUGUUUCUUGCUAUGGAUUAUACUUGCUAUACGAGGAAUAUGAUUAUAUUUUGCUUAAAAGGAUUCAGCAACUGCGUAGCAAAAGGGAAUAUCCCAACCAGUUUGCCAUUUUGGUCCGAGAAAUUCCGUUUUGCCAAGAACACAAGGCUCGGGGGUGCUGCAUAGAACACUUCUUCACCAAGUAUCAUCCGCAUUCUUAUCAAUCUUAUCAAAUUCUUUAUGAUGGAAAGGAACUUGACAAUUUGUUGAACAAGGCAAAGUCCACUGGGAAGAAGAUUGAGGAUCUAAAAGAGAAACAUUCAAACAAGAAAUGUGGCCGAAGCUCUUUUUCGCUUGGUUCAUUUAGAGAGAAACAAAAGAUUGAAAAGCUUGAGAAAACGCUUCGUGAUCUCGGUUGCAAAAUAAGGCACGCGAGGCAUGCCAUGAUGCUUCAAGAGAAGGAAUUGCCUGUUGCAUUUGUUACAUUCAGGUCACGUUGCGGUGCUGCUCUGGCUGCACAAUCUCAGCACCAUUCAAACCCGUUACUAUGGAUCACCGAAAUGGCCCCUGAAGCAAGGGACGUGCUUUGGGGAAACGUGGCAACUCCGUACCGGCAAUUGCCACUUUAUGAGAUUGGAAUACUUGGUGCAGUGGUCAUCCUCACACUUUUCUUUGCCAUACCAGUUGCAGCAGUUCAAGGAAUUGCCAAAUAUGAAAGACUGCGAAAAUGGUUUCCUCCUGUUAAGGCCAUCGAUUUGAUUCCGGGGCUAAAGUCCGUGGUCACAGGAUACCUUCCGAGUGCCAUUCUUAAUGGGUUCAUUUACAUUGUUCCAUUCGCUAUGAUUGGGCUGUCAAGAUUAGGGGGAUGCAUCACAAGAAGCAAGCAAGAUAUGAAGGCAUGCAAGAUGGUGUUCUAUUUCUUGGUGGCGAAUGUGUUCUUCUUAAGUUUGUUGUCUGGGUCCUUACUUGAUCAGAUCGGCGAGUCGUUCUCCCAACCCAAAUAUAUCCCUAGUCGCCUCGCUAGUGCUGUCUCUGCCCAAGCAGACUUCUUUUUGACAUACAUCUUGACGAAUGGCCUGUCUGGGUUUUCUUUGGAGAUUCUUCAACCUGGUUUGCUUGUUUGGGAUGCUGUAAAAUCAAACACAUGGGAUCGCGGGAGGGAAAGAACCCCAUAUCUCUAUUCUUUACCUUAUUAUCGGAUCAUUCCAUUCGUCGCUCUCUCUACACUCAUUGGCAUUGUGUACGCAGUCGUCUCGCCUAUGCUUCUUCCCUUUCUUGUUGUCUACUUCCUGCUUGGCUAUAUCGUGUUCAUCCAUCAGAUCGAAGAUGUUUAUAUAACAUCAUAUGAGACGUUCGGGCAGUACUGGCCAUACAUUCAUCACUACAUCAUUGUUGCACUCAUCCUCAUGCAAGUCACGAUGAUCGGUCUUUUCGGACUCAAGUCGAAGCCUUCGGCUUCCUUCUCCACUAUACCACUCCUCAUUCUCACUUUGAUCUUUAAUCACUACUGCAACGUCCGGUUUUACCCUACCUUUUGCCGUCUCUCCGUACAGGAUGCUGUAGCGAAUGACGAACUUGACCAAAAUGAAGGUGUGAUGGAGGAAAAUGUACGAAAGGUGCUUGGAGAGUACUCUCCUCCAUGUUUGUUGCCGGUGGAUUUUGGAGUCUCGGAUGAUUCAGGCUCAACAGAGCCAUUAAUACCGUGAUCCAAACAGGGAAAUAGCGUGCACGUACAAGAUUUAGUCUCUGUCCGUCCUAAGAAAGAUCUUUCCAUUUGUUUUUUCGGUUUGUCUUAAAAGUUUCUUCUCGAUUUCUUUUUUUUUUUGAAAGAUUUGUGCGGUUUGUAAUGUUUUUAUCGUUCAUUUAUAAAUCGUA